GACACAAAUAACCGAUAUCCUAACCAUGAAUCUUCGUAUUGAACCGAGUACAAUUAAAGAAGACAUGCAAUUUCCAUGGAUUUCUGAUUCAGGCAUAGCAAAUAAUAUUCAGCAAAUUAUCAAUGAAUUUAUUGAAGAACACAAAUUAAAGCCAUUACGUUUAUGUAUUCUCGGUCCACCGUGUAUUGGUAAAACUACACUUGCUAAAGAAUUAUGUAAAAUGUAUCGUUUACAUCAUAUACAUUUAAAGGGAUUAUUAUAUGAAUAUAUACGUAAUUUACUUGAACCAAUCAAAGCCUAUGAGCAUUUGCUAUUGAUUCGUGAACAAGAACAAAAUUUAACAAGUGAAAAAUUGUUCAAUACUACUAAUCAAGAAAUAAAUGCAUCAUCAACUAGUGUGAAUGAUUCAAACAAAUUAUUAUUCCAAUCGAUGAAUAAAAUAUUGAAUUUCAAUGGUGAUGAACAUGAAA